UGGAUGACGUCCUUCGAGGAUGUGGCUGUGCGCUUCUCAGAGGAGGAGUGGGCGCUGCUGGAUCCAGACCAAAAGGCUCUGCAUAGGAACGUCAUGGCGGAGAAUCACAGAUUGCUGUCCUCUCUGCGCGAUGGACAGGAGAGCGAGAAAGAGGACAGAUGGGAAAUGGAAGAAACACUGGAAUGGAGGAAGAAAUCCAUUCCGUAUGAAUGUAUGAACUUCCAUGAUAUUCCAUUGCAAGAUGGAAGUAAUGAGUUAGACAAAUGGAAUAAGCUUCCUUUAAGUGUAGACAUUUUAACUAAUGAAUUGAAUCUUAGCACAAAUCAAGGAAGUCACACCAGUGAGAAACCAUGUAAGGGCAUGAAGUGUGAAGAGAACAUCUGUCCCAGUGCAAAGUUUUCAAGACAUCCAAGUAAUCGCACGGAGGAGAAACCAUAUAAAUGCUCGGAAUGUGGAAAGGGCUUCAGUCAGAGAGGAAACCUUAAAUAUCAUCUUAGAAUCCACACAGGGGAGAAGCCGUACAACUGCUCAGUGUGUGGAAAGAGCUACAGUCGGAAAUCCCAUCUUAACAAACAUAAAAUAAUCCACAGGGAGAAACCGCACCAGUGUUCAGUGUGUGGAAAGCGCUUCGGCCAGAGCGCGCAUCUUGUAAGGCAUGAAAGAAUCCACACCGGGGAGAAACCGUACAAAUGCUCAGUGUGCGGAAAGUGCUUCAGUCAAAGCACAAACCUAACUUACCAUGAAGUGAUCCACACGGGAAAUGUACCGUAUACAUGCUCCAUAUGUGGAAAAAGCUUUAGCCGGAGCACGCAUCUUCUUAGACAUGAAAGAAUUCACACAGGGGAGACAGCAGUGUGUGCAAAGAACGUCAAUCAAAGCACAAGUCUAACUUUGUCAGAAGGAAUCCACAUUGGGGAGAUACCAAAUCAAUGUUCAGUGUGUGGCAAGAGUUUAAGUGACAUCACAAGACUUGUCUCCAGUCAAAAAACGCACAUGGGGACAAACUCAUUUGCAUGCCCUGAGUGUGGAAAGGAUUUCGGUCACAGCAUCUGCCUUUCAACGCAUCAGAGAAUCCACACAGAGGAGAAACCGUAUACAUGCUUCGAGUGUGGAAAGGGCUUCAGCUACAGAAUUCACCUGACUAUCCACCAGAGAGUUCAUACAGGGGAGAAGCCUUAUACAUGUGCAGAAUGCGGGAAAAGCUUCAGUCACAACACAAGCCUUAUUGCGCAUACUAGAAUUCACACAGGGGAGAAACCAUAUAAAUGCUCGGAGUGUGGGAAAAGCUUCACUCAGAGCACGGGCCUUAAUUCCCAUCGACGAAUCCACACGGGGGAGAAACCGUAUACCUGCUUUGAGUGCGGAAGAGGGUUCCAUCAACGCUCACAGCUCACGUCCCAUCAAAGAAUCCACACGGGGGAGAAACCGUUUCAGUGUUCCGAGUGCGGGAAGAGUUUUAGCCACAGCACAAGCCUUUCAAAGCAUCGAAGAACCCACACUGAGAAAAACUAUAUUAGCGCUCCUAGUGUGGAAAUGGCUCCAAUGGCAGGCCAGUCAUUUCUUAUCAUGCCAGGAACUAUAAAGGGGAGAAACGGUUUCCUUGAUCGGAAUGUGGAACGAGGUUCAUUUGUAGGAAAUAGUUCAUUGUACAUCAACACGAUCGUGCAGUGGUAAAUCCCUGGCAUCUUACCUAUGCCUGAAGUGUGGAAAGAACUUCUCAAGAACUUCACUUCAGUUGGUCGAUGCCCAGAAGACUGUAUAAGCAUCUCUGGUUAAUCCAGUGUUAAUAAUCAAAUGACAGUCCGCCUUUGGGAGAUUAUCUGUAUAAAUUCUGAAACAUUACAAAAAAAUUCUUGGUAUGUUACAAUAAAAAAACUGAGUGUGGGAAAGAAA